AGAAAACACCUCCGAGGCUCCGACGAACACAUCUUAAAUUCUGGACUGGAACCUCCGUCCACGCCACCUCAACUUCCUCUCUCGCAGCCCUCGACCUCUCCCAAUAUCCCCCCUGCUUGAACUGCUCGAAGCUCGGAUCCAUCCGGCCUCGGAUCAAUUGUUCCUCCUGUUGGUGAGGGAGCCCUAGCUUGCUUGGAUCAGCCGCGAGAGGAGAUGAACUGCGAGACCUGUCAGCUGAAGGAGCUGGAGCUGGAACUGACGGAGAUUAGGGAUGUGCUGCGAUGCAUUUUGCACACCAUAUUCUUCCACAGAACUCUCAGCCUUGUUCGCCCCAAAGAUGUUGACUGUGAUUUCCUUGAGAUCACUUACGUACAAUGUGGUCUACCAGAACUAGAAAAGGAAGUUGAUGAAAAGAUAGACCUGUUCAUUGCUUGGGUGGAGAAGCACCCAAAUCGGAGAAUCCAGGUAUGCCUAUCCUUCUUUGACGAGAAACACAAACACCCAGGUUGGUUUGUCAACAAAACAGAGCGCAUUUAUUGGGAACAAUGGUUCAUCAAUUUGCAUGUAAUGAACCCAAAAGGAUAUAGCAAAUCAAAAAGCUCCAAAGGGCUUACAAAAAUUGGAGGGAAUGCCUUGGAGGAGACCAGCUCAAGGCGUGCUGCAUUGGAGUCGUCAAUUAACGAAGUGCUAUUCCAUAUCAUAAAUUUUGCCAAUGAGAAAAAGGACCACAUUCCUGCCAUCCCUGACAGAAUAUUCAAUCAUGAGAUCAUGAUCCCAAGCUCCUCGGAUUCCGUGUUUGGAUGGAACACGGACACCUUUCGCAGAGUGCUGAAUAGUGGGCACCCGUACUCACUUUAGCUGAAGACGACCGGUGCCACCAUCCAGUAUGGAAGGCGCUUUGCUAACCUUCAUGGUCUCUAACCAGGUCCCAUUCUUCUACCCUUUCUGGGUAGGGAGAACCUACUGCUGUGUACGUAAUUGUGUGUGAGGCCAGAGAGCAUGCUCAUGUGGCUUGUAAAUAUUAUGUGUGAAUCUUGUUUUUGUUCCGAACAAUCUUGCAAAUAGUUACAUGGUGGAAUUGUGUUUCCAAGGGGCAAGGGCUCAUCGAUCUGUGGGUGUGCCCGGGCCCUGUUCCGGGCCGUUCUCUCUUUGAACUUGAAGGACAGUUUGAGCCCAGAUGUGUCUCUCGGUGUUCA